AGCAAAGUUACACGCUGGACCUCCGUAGCAUCCCCGCCACAGAGACCGCGACGACGAAGCUACAAAGAGCUUUGUCACUCCACACAACAAACAAUUUUUUGAACAAUCAGAAGAAGCUACUUCGGUAGCAUCUUGUUGCAGCCAUGUCGAACAAACAGGGAAAGAUGGCCGGCUACAUCAACUACCGGAUGAGAGCCACUCUCCUUGAUGGUCGUCAGAUGACUGGACAAAUGCUGGCUUUUGACAAGCAUAUGAACCUAGUUCUCGCCGACACCGAGGAGUUUCGGCGCAUCAAGCGAAAGCAGGCCAAACCUGCAGCACCUGGAGCAUCUUCGGCCGGCCAGACGAUCGAACAAGAGGAGAAGCGCACCUUGGGCUUGACGAUUGUUCGGGGCGCACAUAUUGUCUCUCUCUCGGUCGAAUCACCGCCACCUGCCGAUCCGAGCACCCGCCUGGGGAAGCCCACCGCCGGAGGAAUCUCUUCGACUCUCGGCCAGGGCCCUGGUGUGGCACGACCUGCUGGGCGUGGUGCUCCUCCCAUUUCUUUGGCUGGCCCUGCUGCUGGUGUUGGAGGCGCGGUCCCUCCCCCGGCAUUCCCUGGCUUCCCCGGCGCUCCGCCGCCUGGGUUCCCCGGACGUGGUGGACCUCCACCCCCUGGUUUCGCUGGAGGUUUCCCUCAGGCUGGAUUCCCUGGAAACCCGGCGUUCCCCCCGCCUGGUUUCGCACCUGGAGGUGCCCCUCCAUCCGGGUUCAACCCGCCGCCAAGAAGAUAGACAUGGAUGGGCUUGGGUAGCAGUGGUUUGCCUUUAUCUCCGGAUGCAUGUGUUUUAUGUCUUGAGAUGGAGACACGGUCAUCACGUAUUGCUUGUUUUGUCCAAAGGCGACAGGAUACUCAUGGCGUUAAGGGGUACACCGAAAAUCAAACGGUGGGCGGAAUACCUUGACUUGUAUUCUAGCAUAGAUCAGGGAGGAGGAUGCGGACCUCCUGGUCUACAAGGAGUUCUAGGGAAUUACCAGAACCUUGAUGAUGAAGGCAUCAGUUCUCUCCCCGCCCGAUCAUUCUGUUCUCUCGGCUACGGGUGUUGUGGUGCAGGGUGACCUUUUAUUUGAGCACGUGACUUAUAAAAUGUCCCCCCUUGUCUGCAAGGCUGACUGACUGGGAAUGGACGUCCGCGAACC